GAGGAACGAAGCCAGCCAACCAGCUGAAAGAGAAAGGGAGAUCGGGGCUGUUUGAACGUGGCAGGGAGGAAAGGAGGGGGAGAGAGAGAGAGGGUGAGAUCGAUUGUCAGAACCAAGGAAAUAGAAGUGUUACUAUUGCACGGUCACUGGAACAGUGUUUGCCCGCUGAGGAUAUGCACUGGCUCUCAGCGCUCACCGGGUCGCAGGACACACUCUAAAAUGUAAUUUCCAAAGGCCUAAUUGUUUCUGCGGUGAUUUAUUUCAUUCAUUUCAUUUUUCUUUCUUUUUCCUUUUAUCUGCCUUGUCUGUUCUUCUCUUUUCGCUGUUUCGUUUUUUUUACCAGCUGCUGGAUUUUUUCCUUCUUUAUAACUCCUGUCAUUCUCUCCGUUUACAAAGGAGGGAUCUGCAAAUAGAAACAACCACAGCAAGCCAUGUGUCUCUAGAGAUGAUGCCGUUGCCAUUGGUGCCACUCUCCCUGUCGCCAUGACAAUGCCGCUCAGCCCCCUCUCCAGCGACGAGGAGCACCAAAGGAUGCUGGGAAACAGUCAACACCUAUAUCCAGGGGCAGAAGAAGAGGAAGAAGAGGAAGAGGAGGAAGAGGAAAUGGAUGAUGAUGGCAUAGACGAGGAAGGAGAGGAGGAGAAUGGAGAGCUGGAGUUGGAUGACGAAGAGGAAGCGGAUGAUGAUGAUGACAUCAGGCGUUUGAGGGGAGGCAGGGAAGAGGGGCACAGGCAAAAAGGCACAAUGGCUGGACGAACCUCAGGAGACAGACAGAUGCGGCCCGGGAACCCGGGCCAUGCCGCCAACCCUUAUUCGUCCAACCCUGGACCCACUCACCAACAGACAGCUACUCAGCAACAACAACAGCAGCGUAAGCUGAGGGAACGGAGUUCUAGCAACCCACCCGAAGAUGCACAUAUAGCUAUGAUGGUGUUUCGCAUUGGCAUUCCUGAUAUCAAACAAACGAAAUGUCUGCGGUUCAACCCAGACGCAACAGUGUGGAAGGCAAAGCAGCAGGUGCUGUGUAGUCUGACCGAAUCUCUACGAGACGUUUUGAACUACGGCCUUUUCCAACCUGCUACUGAUGGGCAUGAUGCCAAGUUUUUGGAGGAGGAGAGGCCGCUCAGAGAGUACCCCCAAUCCUUUGAGAAAGGAGUACCCUACCUGGAGUUCCGCUACAAAACCAGGGUGUACAAACAGACAAAUCUAGAUGAGAAACAGCUGGCCAAACUGCACACUAAGGCUAGUCUAAAGAAGUUCAUGGACUACAUCCAGACUGGCGCAGUGGAAAAGGUAUCCAAACUUAUAGACAAAGGGCUUGACCCCAACUACCACGACCCUGAUACAGAAGAGACCCCACUCACUUUGGCAGUACAGACAGAGCCGGGUGGAAGUGAAAGCAUCAGAGUUCUGGUGAUGGGGGGAGCUCACAUUGACUUCAGGGCAAAGGAUGGCUUGACACCUCUCCACAAGGCCGUCAGAACACACCGACACACUGCCCUACUGACACUGUUGUCUUUGGGCGCGUCUCCUGAUUAUAAAGACCGUCGUGGGCUGACUCCACUGUACCACACUGUGCUGAUUGGAGGCGACACCUCCUGUUGUGAGACCCUCCUGUACCACAGAGCCAAGCUGGGGCUCCGUGAUGAGAAUGGCUGGGACGAGACCCAUCAGGCUUGUCAAAAUGGAAACUCACAACACUUAGAGCACCUGCUUUUUUAUGGUGCGGACUCUUCUUCCCAGAAUGCCUCAGGAAACACUGCCCUGCACAUAUGUGCUUUAUAUAAUAAGGAGAGCUGUGCUCGCAUUCUGCUGUAUCGAGGAGCCAGUAAGGACACAAAGAACAACAGUGGGCAGACCCCCUUCCAGGUGGCUGUGAUGUCUGGCCAUUUUGAGCUGGGAGAAAUCAUUAAGAACCAUCGUGAAUCAGACGUAGUUCCCUUUCUGGAGUCUCCAAAGUACGCCCCCCAGAGGAGGGAGAGUGGCCGAACUCUUGGAUUGCCCCAUCCUCACCCAUUCUUGCGGGCCAACAGUGAUAACAGCAUGAAUGUACCAGACUGGAUUGCCUUUCCCAACGCACCUGGAUCAAACAUUGUAUCUGUGCAGGGUCAGAAGCACGGCGGCACCUUGCGCAGCUCCAGCAGUCCCCGCGGUGCCCGAACCCGUUCCCCGUCCCGGGGCCGAACAGGAGACAGAGAUGAACGAAGCAGACAGCCACGUGGCAGGCAAGGGGCGGGCUCCAUCAGUAGUCAGGGCACAGUGAGCGGGCAGCGGCGACGUCUCUAUAGCGCCGUACCUGGGCGCGUGUUUGUGGCCACCCGCUCGCACUCUGCCCAGGGGGACCGUGAGAUCAGCCUUAACAAGGGAGACAAAGUCAAAGUGCUGAGUGUAGGUGAAGGAGGCUACUGGGAGGGGACGGUUCGAGGGCGCACCGGCUGGUUCCCUUCUGACUGCGUAGAGGAGGUUGCACUUCGCAGCCUGGACAAUCGAUCGGAGAGCCGCAGUGAGCGAGCCAAGCGACUCUUUCGGCAUUACACCGUUGGAUCUUACGACAGCUUUGAUGCGCCCAGUGACUACAUAAUCAAGGAGAAAACGGUCCUCCUGCAGAAAAAAGACAAUGAGGGGUUUGGCUUUGUGCUGAGAGGAGCCAAGGCUCAGACCCCUAUUGAAGAGUUUACUCCCACCCCAGCCUUUCCGGCACUGCAGUACCUUGAGUCUGUCGACGAGGGAGGCGUGGCUUGGAGAGCUGGUCUACGAAUGGGAGACUUCCUUAUUGAGGUGAAUGGCCAGAAUGUGGUUAAGGUGGGACACAGGCAGGUGGUCAACAUGAUCAGACAAGGCGGCAACAGCCUCAUGGUCAAGGUUGUCAUGGUUACCCGGAAUCCUGAUUUGGAGGAAGGGGUCAGAAAGAAAAUUCCACAGCAGAGCAAGAGACUGAGCACACCGGCUAUCGCCCUGCGCUCCAAAUCCAUGACAUCAGAACUGGAAGAGAUGGUGGACAGAGCCUCUGCUCCAUGGAAAAAGAAAUCAGAGUUCGAGUCUUCACAAGCUACAGAGAAGAAAAGGACUGUUUAUCAGAUGGCUUUGAAUAAACUGGAUGAGAUUUUAGCUGCAGCACAGCAGACCAUCAGUACCAAUGAGGCUCCAGGUCCCCGUGUUCAGGGGAUAAAAAGAGAACGGGGCAGAGGCUUUUAUAAUGAGCCAAGUUUUGACCAGUCCGGAAUGGGAAUGACUACAUCUGGGGCAGGGCUAGGCUACGACCGUGGUCAGUUUGUGCCUGGCCACGGCCCCCCGCACGGUAUGCUGCGACAGAAGUCCAUCGGGGUUCCAGAGGAGGAGAAGCAGCACCUUCAUCCUCCAGCCAUGAAGUUUGCACGAAGUCUUUCAGUGCCCGGCCCAGAUGAUAUCCCUCCUCCACCUACUACAGCUCCCCCUGAGCCCCCAUUCUCCUCAGCACCCCCUCUUGGCUUUCGGGGCAAGACACCCCAACAACCUUCUGUUUCUGUGUCCCAAUCCACUUCCUCUUCUGCACAUUAUCAGCUCUACUCGCAGUCAAUACACGUCGCCCAUGGAGCCAGAGAUAGGUCCCCUGGACCACCAACUGGAUCUGGAACAGGGGACCAACCUCUUCCUUACUCUCAUGCUCAAGCUCACCCGUCUGUGCCUAGCAGAACUGCUUCCAGGAAGGUGAUUGGGUACACAGGGGACCUUGCAGGAGCUGGAGGAGGACCAGGGGCCAAGGCAGCAGCAUUGAGAAGGGGCUACAGCAAUGCAGUGCCACCCAGCAGUGUCGCUACAGUAAUUCCCCAGCAGCAGCAGACUACUCAAAGCCAACCCUCCAGGUUGGACCGCAGUGCAGUUGGGACAGGGGGUGUACCAAAAGGUGGUGGACGGAGAGGGAAGGGACCCUUGGUAAAGCAAUCAAAAGUGGAGGAUCUGCGUGGAGGCCAGGGUACGCUGGAAGGAAAGGGGUCAGUGGAGAAGAGCUCCAUUCCUAUUCCCACCAUCAUUGUUAAAGCUCCAUCUACCAGCAGUAGUGGUCGCAGUAGCCAAGGCAGCAGUGUGGAGGCUGAACCACCUCCCCCAGAAGAAAGUGACAGUUCAAAACCCCAACCAGUUGUUCCCCCACCUGCACCUACUGUUCCACCACCAGCCCCUCCCUCUAUGCCUGCUCCUCCACCUCCAUCAGCGUCAUCACUUCGUACUCAAGAGAGUUUGGACUAUACCAGCCAGUUUGGUGCUGCCAUAGUAGGGGCAGCUCGCAGGGACCGUGAACGAUUUCAUGAAGCACGAAGGAAGAGUGCCUCAUUUUUUCUCUCUGCUGAGGAAGAGUUAGGUGGAGUAGGAGGAGUCAUAGGACGAACCCAGACGUCCCAACAGCAGCUAAGCACUCAGCCUUCACCUCGCCUGCGACCAUCCAAAUCUAUAGAUGAGGGCAUGUUCUCAGGUGAUACCUUUAUCCACCACACACGCAGUAUGCCUCCUGCAUUUGGCUUGCCUGAGUACUCCUCACCUGCUCCUCCUGGGGACUACCAGCCCAAGUCUGUACCUGCUGACUUCUAUGGAGCAGGAGGCCGACAACAGCAGCAGCAGCAACCUUCCACCACAACUUUUAUUCACCCGCUAACAGGGAAAGUUCUAGACCCUUCAUCCCCACUAGGCUUAGCGUUAGCGGCACGUGAACGUGCCUUGAAAGAUGACGGACGCAUACGUCGGGAAAGGACCCCAGAACAUCACUUUAGCCGGCAGCUGUCCAGCAUUGGAGCCUUUCCCUCAUCCACUGCGCAACCCACUUCACAUCUCUCCUACUCCAUGACCUCGUCUUCCUCUGCCAUCUCCUCUGCUGCCCAGUCCGCCAGCUCCUCAUCAUACCUUGUUACCUCAUCCUCACUAGCUGCUACCACCACAUCUACUCGGCCUCCAUCACCCAGAAUCCUGCGUGGAGCAGGGAGCAGUUGGGGUGAGGAAACAAGGGUGGGAGAUCGUGCGGAAAGGGAGGCCGCUGGUGCCUCUGCUCCCAGAGAAGGUCUAAGGGUUCGAUUCUCUGAAGAUAAAACCGUCCACACACACCACUACCAAUCUCAGCACUACCAGCCCACCUACAAGGAACGUGACAGAGAGCGUCAGAGAGAGAGAUCAAGAGAAAGAGAGAUGGAGAAAGCUCAGACCCAGUUACAACAGCAGUCAAUUCAGCCAUCGCCUCGGCGCCCAUCAUUUUUGAGGAUGGAGAGUGAGGCUGGGUCAUACAUCCUUUCCCUAACACCUCCAUCUCCACCUCCAGCAGUGGCACCUACACGUCCUUCAGCUGGAGGAGGAGGUGGAAGUGGAUCAGGUUUGAUGGUUCUCCCUCCCCCAGCCCCCUCAGUGGAUGCAGAUGAUGAGUUUGUGUUUGCUGAGCCUCUUCCUCCACCGUUAGAGUUUGCCAACAGUUUUGAUCGUGGUUUGGGUUACCAUAGUAUGAUGUAUAACAAUCUGUCAGCCCGUCAACAGCUUCACCAACCUCCUCCCCCACCUCCCCCGCCACCUCCUCCACCUCCAAAAGACUCCUUUAUGGCAGGGUUCCCCCUUCACACGCCUCUGCCUUCACCCCAGGCAGGGGAUUCCACAACUUCAAGUCUAACUUCCUAUGACAGUGAGGUUGCCAACCUGACCCAGUCUGCCCCAUCUCCUUCACCAUCAUACCCGAAUCCUCUCCCACCUCCGUCUCCCUCCACGUUGCAACCUGCUGCACCUCCUCCACCUCCCUCUGUAUCACCUCCACCCCCACCCACAUCCUACCACAGACCAUUUGGUCUAUCCCAAUCACAACAUCUGUAUAACAAUACACAUCCGCCAGAGCGUUCCUCUUCUCCAACGCCACCUCCCCAUUCUAUCCCAGCUCCACCUGCCUACCGGGGGCCCCCAGUAUCCACGCCUGCAACCUCUGUCUCACUAAGAGGCUCCUCAACUGUGACCGCAAGCUGUUCCUCAACUGCUUCUACUUCAACUGUUUCCGCUAUCGCUACUACGGCUGCCAUUGUCACCCCGCACACACGCAUGGCAACCGUCUCCACAGUAGCUACAGGAAGUAGCAGGCGGCCCAGUGCAGAGCAUCAUCCACCGCCCAGUGCAGCUGCAGCCAUGACCAGUGAGUCCCAGGAGACAGUAGUGGAUUCUGGCAUUGAAGAGUUGGACAGCCGAAGCAGCAGUGACCAUCACUUAGACAGUAUUCUAGCACUCAGUGGGAGUGGGGUCAGAGAGAGGUUGGAGAGAGCAGGGUUGGGGAGCUUAGGUGGAAGUGGAGGCACAACAGAGUCUGACAGAACGAGUGGCGCAGACUUUUUAGAAUCCUACAUGAGCUACCUUGAUGGACAGACUUUUGAAAUGCACAAUGCCAAAGCCACCAGCACUGCAUCCACCUACCCGAAAACACAGAGGUACAGAGAAGGCAGCCGGGCCGGAGAUCUACGACGGCAAACCAGCACAGCACCCCCUGCAUACCACAGACGUAGGGAGGAGGAAGAGGAGGAGGAUGAGGCACAAGAGGCAGAGGAGGAGUACAUUAAUGCCCGAGAUGGCUAUGGGAUGGGGGAAGGGCCAGGGAUCGCUCGCUCCUCUGUAAUGUACUUUGAUCGACCCCGCACUCCAGAGAUGAAACCUCUUUGGGGUGAAGGGUCGACCGGGGCUGCACAGUCUGUGGGAGAGGGAGCAGGCCAGGCUGGAGGGACUUACAUGGAAGCACGUAAGCUGCAUCCUCCCAUGUCCAGUAUGAAGGCGAGCAUCAUCAAUGAGCUAAGCUCCAAAUUACAUCAGAGGAGCAAAGGAACAGAGAGCUGGGGAGCUCAGAGGUCACUGAGCAGACAUAGGUUCUCGGAGGACUCCACAGGUGCGUUGAGUCCUCCCUCUGUCCGCUCUUCCUCGCCAUCUCCUGUUCAACUCUCUCAGCCUGCCUUGUCUCCCUCCCCCACCCCUUCCUCCCAGCCAAUCUACCCGAACUGGGCUCGAUCUCCUUCCCCUCAGCCCCCUGCUAACUCAUCCCAGCCUCCUCCCCGAUCCCACUCACCCGUUUCUCCCUCUUCGUAUUCGCCAUACCCCACCUCACCCAAACAUCGUCCCGUGUACCGCACCAAAGCCCUAGAGUUCCAGUUUAUCCCCAGCCGCGAGUCCCGUAAAGCUGAGUCCCAUCACGCUCAACGCAGACGUGCACCCAGCCCCCUAAUUUCUCCUUCUGACCGUCCCAAGCUUGGCCCUCCCCGUCCCUCAUCGCUUCCCAUUCUCCCCACCACUCCUCUCUAUAGCAGCCUUUAUGAUCUUCGUGGUUCCGUCACUCCACCCUCACCUGCAAAUCCCCUCGGGGACCCCUACUUCUCCCCGUCUCCUCCUCUCUUUGCCACCUCAGGUGCUCCGCCGCCACCAAAUUCCUCUCUGGUUGUCUCUCGCUCCCUUUCCCCGACCCACUUCCUGUCAGGGACUUCCUCCCCGCCUCUCCAUCACAUUCCUCCACCCACUUGCCUGAGUUACCCCCACCUCCCUCCCCCUUCACCCACCAAGCCCUUUGCCUCUAAACCACUCCCAUACUGGACCAAGUACGAUGUGGCUGAUUGGCUGGGUUAUCUGAACUUGGGUGAGCACAGGGAGCGUUUUCUGGACAAUGAGAUUGAUGGCACACACCUGCCCUCUCUUACCAAGGAGGACUACCUGGACCUGGGUGUGACCAGGGUUGGCCAUCGCAUGAACAUAGAGAGAGCACUGAGGAGAGUGAUGGACAGGAAACAUCUGGAUUGGGCUGCUGCAUGAGCUCACAUGGGGAAAGAGAUGAACAGAAGAGAACAGAAAGAAAGGGAUGAUGGAGAAUAAGAAAAAAUACUUUUUUGUAAACAUUUUUACGCCUUCCCCCACCCCUUCAGGCUGUCUUCUAGCCCUUUCCCCAUUCCCGCCCUCUCCCCUCGAGAUGAACGGACAGACAGAAGGAGAGAUGAGGCCAACCGGAGCUGAGAGGACAGGUGAGGUGACAACAACCGCUGCCAUCCGAGAUUAUUCCCUGAAUGGAAGACAACACAAGAAGAGGGAACUUCGAUAUCAACCUGCUGACUCAGAGAUGAUGAGGAUGAGAUCGAUGGGAAAAAGCGAGAGAGUUGAAGGCCUGAACUGUGAACAUGCCUGCGUUUACAUGUGCGAUUUAGUCAACUAAAACAUAAACACCCACAUACAUAUCCAUACAUACAAACAGAAAAUCAUUAGAGCUCACAGGCACUCACAAUAGAAAUGAUUGAAUGAAUGACUCCACAUAACUGAGCCAAAUAAUUUUGAGGGAAACAAUCAAAACACUUUUCUGUGGUUCUUUAGAGAUAGGGAGAAAGAGGGAUAUUUAGCCCACAUUUGCUGUCUUUCUCUUUUUCUCAGAGUUUGAACCGAGUCUGUAUUAUUGACUAUUACUAUUACUAUUGGUCUUUUAGUACAGGUUCACUGGAGACUGACGCAGAGAGGGCAAGUAGUGAAAAACCUCUUGUCCUGGCAUGACUAGUCCUUAAAAUAGAGGUCAAUUUAACAACAGGCACUUAUUUGGUAUGAGUGUGUUUAUGCGUGGGUUCCUGUUGCGUGUGUGUGUGUGUGUGUGUGUGUGUGUGUGUGUGUGUGUGUGUGUGUGUGUGCGUGUGCGUGUGUGUGUGCGUGUGUGUGUGUGCGCGCGUGUUCACAUGAUAAUGUGAAAGGUUGUCGUUAGAGGCAUGACCAUGAUUUGUUACGUGUUUUUACCUCACCAAUGGAGGGAUUCUAUUUUGUCGAGCCAGAUUGGGGCUGGUGUUGAUCUUGUAUUUGACUAGAACUUUAUCUUCUCAUGUCUUAUAAUGGAAUAAUAUAAAUACAUAUAAAUAUAUCUAUACAGACUGGUCACUGUAUUACAAACCCGUAGCAAAAAUAAGUGCCCAGGCCAACAGAACACAAGCUCUUUACCACACACACACAUUACACACACACACGUGCACAGAACAUCCUCACCACUACUGAUUCUGACACAUACAUUGAAAUACACAUACAUUUUAUUUCUAUAAAAAACAAUGGGACACAGUAAAAUAUCUAUGUAUGGAUUCAAGAUGAAGAUGUUAAAACGCAAAAAAUCUUUAGAAAAAGAAAGAUGAUACAACAUUGUAAAAAGUAUAUAUAUAUACAUAUAUAUAUAUAUAUAUAUACUGAAAGUUUAUCAACGUUUUUAUCACAGACUUUCAAUAAAGAGGUGACUGCAACUUCAACAAAAUUAUCGACGAUAUUGAGGCUCCAUUUUAGAAGAGGAGACAUGGAGGAGAGGGAGAGGGAAAACCAAACUGCCUGUAUUUCACUUUUCAAGUCACUCUCCCUCUCUCCUUCCAAAAAACACUCUUUUUCUAUGGAGGCAAGGCAAGAUGAACAUGUACUCUGACAAGGUCGAGGGGUAUGUGCUAAUACCCAUUUUAAUACGAUGAUUGUUCCUAUAACAAUUUUUAAAACUGGAAAAUGGUCUGAAAUUCUGUUGCUGAUUUAACAAGAGACAAUGUUAUUUAUUGCAGUCACUGUUCUCAUCGUCCUUGCUGUUAUCGCUGUUGACUGAGCUGCAGUCAGAAACUGCUGGGUGUUUAUGCUUGACAAUUUUUGUGACCAUGCAAUGUGCUCAGAUCUUCUGUACAUCUAGGAUUUAACUUAGAAAAAAGGAUUUCAUAUCUAAUAAUGUUCCUCACCCUUUCCUACAUUAUCAUACAGAAUAUUGUAACUUCAUUUUGUAUGCAAGGACUAUCUGUGAUUUGAUCAGAGAGCUUGUUUGUGAUAGGACACACCCUUUACAUAUUCAUUUCCACAAACUUAGAAUUAAAUCCAGUGACCUCCAGCCCACAUUACAAAUAGUUGCUCAAUCAAUUAAAAGGGCUCCCCAUUACAUUGCACUUUCUUUUGUGAAUAAUUCCUUCAAUUUUAUCAUAUUUGCAGUCCGUGCAACCACCUUCAUAUUUUGAGGCUCAUCAGUUAAGAUCUCACACCUCCAUCGUGCCCUGCUCAUUUUGCAUUUGUUCAUCCAUGCAUCAUCACAUUAAUCGCUUUACUUUAGUCACUUAUAUUGGACAUAAAGAUCAAAGAAAUAAUUGUAUUUUUGAUGUUUAAGCUGGUAAGUAUAGUGAUGUUGAUAACAGUAAGGACAAUGGAUUAGUUAUAAUUCUAACGGUCCGAGAUGGAAAAAAAUAUUCAAAGUUUUAACGAAUCUCUGUCUUCCAAACAUUGUUUAUUGUGUAAUCAAAUCAUGCUUUCUACACAUCCUGAUUCUCACCUUUCCUAAAAUUCAUCGAGCAAAUUGCUGGUCUGUGGUCUCCAGAAAAACAUACCCACAGGUCUGUAAUGACCACUAGAUGGAGGUAAAGUCACAUUUUCUGUCAUCCAAUCUCAAACAAUGGAAGAAUGUCUUUAAUGGUUUGAAAAAGGAACGGUGUCUUUAAGACUCAAGCUCCACAGAGCUGAACUUUUCAAGGUUUAAUGCUUAUGAGCUUCAAAUCGCAGUAAUGAGAGUAUUCAAACAUGCCUUCAAACACUGCAGGGUUAACCACAAUCAUCAUGCUAGUUACAUGCAUAUCUAAGAUCACAGAGCCAUUAAUGGGUCUGGACAAAAUGACCCAGGAAAAGGUCACUGAACAAUUGAUGCAGUAACCGCCCAGGGUGUGCAGAAAGCAUCUCUUAUUUUAAAUUGAAGAAAAUUAUGAACAGAUAAGAGGUUAUUUACAGAAUAUGUAUAUGCGAUAUUCAUAUACACAUAUGAAAUACAAAUGUUUUAAGAACUGAAUAAAGGUUAUUAGAAUUAUAAUAAAUGAUGCAGGAAUUAC